GCUCUACCUGGGUCAGGGCCACAGAUCAAGCUUGGCUUCUGCCUGAAGCGGCCCCCACUCCUCCAGCCGCAUCCAGACACCAUGAGUGGCCGAGUCGGAGACCUGAGCCCCAAGCAGGCAGAGACCCUGGCCAAGUUCCGAGAAAAUGUGCAGGAUGUGUUGCCUGCCCUGCCCAAUCCUGAUGACUAUUUCCUUCUGCGCUGGCUCCGAGCUCGAAAUUUUGACCUGCAGAAAUCAGAGGCCAUGCUCCGCAAGUACAUGGAGUUCCGGAAGUCCAUGGACAUUGAUCACAUCCUUGAUUGGCAGCCCCCAGAGGUGAUCCAGAAGUACAUGCCUGGAGGCCUGUGUGGCUAUGACCGGGAUGGCUGCCCCGUGUGGUAUGACAUCAUUGGACCGCUUGACCCAAAGGGCCUGCUCUUCUCAGUCACCAAGCAGGACUUGCUUAAGACCAAGAUGAGGGACUGCGAGCGUAUCUUGCAUGAGUGUGACCUGCAGACAGAGCGGCUGGGAAAGAAGAUUGAGACCAUUGUGAUGAUAUUUGACUGCGAGGGCCUGGGACUGAAGCACUUCUGGAAACCUCUGGUGGAAGUGUACCAAGAGUUCUUUGGCCUCCUUGAAGAGAAUUACCCGGAGACCCUGAAGUUCAUGCUCAUUGUGAAAGCCACCAAACUGUUCCCUGUGGGCUACAACCUCAUGAAGCCCUUCCUGAGUGAAGACACUCGCAGAAAAAUUAUAGUAUUGGGAAGCAACUGGAAGGACGGUUUGCUGAAACUAAUCAGUCCCGAGGAACUGCCUGUUCAGUUUGGGGGGACUCUGACUGACCCAGAUGGGAACCCCAAAUGUUUAACUAAGAUUAACUAUGGUGGGGAGAUCCCCAAGUCCAUGUAUGUGCGGGACCAAGUGAAGACUCAGUAUGAGCACUCAGUGCAGAUCAACCGUGGCUCCUCACACCAGGUGGAAUAUGAGAUUCUGUUCCCAGGCUGUGUCCUCAGGUGGCAGUUCUCAUCUGAUGGUGCAGACAUUGGUUUUGGUGUUUUCCUGAAGACCAAGAUGGGGGAGCGACAGAGGGCUGGGGAGAUGACAGAAGUGCUGCCCAGCCAGCGCUACAAUGCCCACAUGGUGCCUGAGGAUGGGAGCCUCACCUGCUCAGAAGCUGGUGUAUAUGUCCUGCGCUUUGACAACACUUAUAGCUUUGUCCACGCCAAGAAGGUCAGCUUCACAGUGGAGGUGCUGCUCCCAGACGAGGGCAUGCAGAAGUAUGACAAGGAGCUCACCCCUGUCUAGGCAGCCCCCCCACUUCUCAGAGACCCCUGACCCUCUCCUUUGUCUAUCUAUAUACUAUCCCUUCAGAAAUUGAUCAUUACUCCUCUUGACACUGAGACUAGUGAGUAGAGAAAAAGCUGCCUUGGGGAAGACUUAUAUGCUGUGGUUAGAUCAGGAAAGGUAUGAGAGGCACAGUUUUGGAGGAUGCCAAGAUUGCAUAGGGGAAGAAGCGAGGCAAACGCAAGAGGUGAAUGUCACUGAAACCCAAGAAAUAGGAAA